UCCAAGUGACAGCUUGCUAAAAGGUUGACGUUUUCUCGGUUUUCUCCUCGUGUUGCAAACUGCUUCCUUUACGUAGUCACAUUCGUCAUCGGUCGCGAAUGGUUGGCCAGCGUUUAACGCCAGCUGUGUGCUUCUAGUCUAGCCUUUCCUUAUAUAAUAUGCUCGAACUUGACCCAGUUAAUGGUAGCAAGUUGUUCGCCAGUAGUCGAAAAUGUUGUUCCUGACGAGAAAUGCCGCGAGUGGUCUAAAGCUGAGUUCCUGUGCUGUGACUAAUGUUAGGCAGGGUCGAUUCUACUGUAGCCAGCAAGCAACGAGGAUUGCGAAAUCAACCGAAUGUUCCCCCAUCGAUUUGGUGGACGACAAAAUUGCUCGAAAGGAGAUACAACCCGACCCGCAUCAGAGGCGAAUCGCCGAGGCCCUGCAGGUUGUGUACGACAGUAUUCAGGGUUACAGCCCUCCAGAACCGGCUAGCGGAUUUGGAAAAUGGUUCAGUUUCCAAAAUACGAAAAAGGUCAAAGCCCCUAAGGGUCUCUACAUCUACGGCAGUGUGGGUGGAGGCAAAACCAUGCUGAUGGACAUGUUCUACGAUUGUUGCGCGAUAAAUCGCAAACGUAGGGUUCACUUUAAUUCUUUCAUGACGGACGUUCAUACGAAAAUACACGAGAUCAAAUCAAAACAGGUUCGUGAUGUCAGCAGCACUAAGCCUCAGCCGUUCGAUCCUAUCAAGCCUGUGGCAGAACUUAUCAGCGCGGAUUCCUGGCUGAUUUGUUUUGACGAGUUUCAGGUCACCGACAUAGCAGACGCGAUGAUUCUGAAGCGACUGUUCACGUACCUAUUCGACAGCGGGGUCAUCGUAGUGGCAACGAGCAAUCGAGCCCCCGAUGAUCUGUACAAAAACGGCUUACAGCGAAGCAAUUUUGUUCCCUUCAUCGGUGUCUUGAAGAAGCACUGUAACGUGGCAACCCUGGACAGUGGGGUGGAUUAUCGAACGGCCACUCUGAAGGGCGAAGGAACGCACUACUUUGUCAAAACUGAAAUGGAUGCUACUGCAGCUAUGGACAGAUUGUUCAAGGUUCUAUGCUCGCAAGAAAACGACAUGAUACGACCGAAGACGUUUACCCACUUUGGACGGAACAUUUCCUUUGCCAAAACCUGCGGGCAGGUUUUGGACAGUACGUUUGCAGAGCUUUGUGAUAGGCCUUUGGGUGCAUCGGACUACCUUCAAAUAGCCCAGUUUUUCCACACUGUACUGAUAAGAGAUAUACCACAGCUAAACUUGAAGCUCAAAUCACAAACCAGACGAUUUAUUACUUUGAUCGACACACUGUAUGACAAUCGGAUUCGGUUAGUCGUUUCAUCGGACGUCCCAUACAAGCACCUGUUUUCCAACGAGAUCCCUGAAGACUUGCAUACCUCCGACGAGAAUCGAAUGCUGAUGGAUGAUCUUAAAAUUACCAAAGAUUCGCAUGACGCUAGCUCUAACAUCUUCACCGGCGAAGAGGAAUUGUUCGCUUUCGAGAGGACAGUGUCUCGGCUUGCCGAGAUGCAAUCGACCGAAUAUUGGUCUCUGUGGGAAAAGCAUCGGUAGAGCGCGUUUAGCUACAGAGGAUAGACGCAACGUUGUACUUAAGGAUUGUGAAUGCUAAGGGUGCACGUAGUUCAUUUAAUGAUGGAUCGAAAUAAUGCGAUACGCUUCAAAUAUUAUUAUAGCGAAUUUGUUUAGAUAUUAUUGGAUGUAUAUAUAUUUAUUGAGUAACUUUAAAUUCAGUUCAGAAAUUAAAUCAAACAAAACGAAAAUGUUUCGAAACAUGAAAUAUUUCGUUCCCGCACAA